UGUUCGCGUACCAGUGUUACAAAAGCUUUGCAUGUAGACGGGCUUUAGCCUACACUAGCAACAGCUGAACGCUGCCGUCAUCUGUGGAUUCUCAACGUUCAAUAGCGUGCGGAUUGACUGAAAAUGUUGGGACUACAACGUUUUGCCGGCAGUUUUGUCACCCAGUUGUACCGCCGUGCAGCCUACAGCAGCAGUGUCAGGGCAGCGGGCAUUCCCCUGGCCCCCACUGGAGGUCCGUCGGAUGCAGUGGAGCCGGAAGCACGCACGCCGGCUGCGGAGGCAACGGCAAAAAAGCCCAGAGGCAACAUGGUAGCUGCAGCUUUCGAAUCCCUCAAAAACGACAGUCCCAGAGAUGACAUCAAGAACCAAGCCUCCAGCAAGAUCGAUGAGCGAAUCAUCAAUGCCAAGACAGUCAAUGGACUGCUGACCAUCACGGAGAACAACAAUGCGUUCUCGAGGAAGCAUGCCCUCAGAAUUGUCUCCAUCCUGGCAGAGUGGAGCUCCAUGGAUCGAGUGAAGAUUUCGGAGUUUGAGAACGACACAAGAUUCCUGCGUAUUUGCCGGAUGUUGGGCAGGACGGUUCCCAAAAGUAAUGGUGCUAACAAGGGCCUUGGCGAGAAUGGGACUGGCAAGCGGAUUUCCGGCUUCCGGACAGAUGACCUAAACACGGUGCUUGGAGUAGCUGGUGAUGAUGAGGCCGCUAAGCUAAUAGCUAGCAUCAGUCUGCCCCAGAUGGUCAAGGUGAUGAGCACCCUGGCCCAGCGGAAGAGGCGUAGUACUCCUCUCCUGCGCUCCCUGGCUUUUAAUAUCAGCAGCGCGUCGGAAUCGCUGGAUCUGAAGCAAGCGGCUGAUGUGCUGUACGCUAUGUCCACACUGAAUUUCCAGGAUUCCGUUCUAGGAGCCAAAGUGUGUGCGGAUGUACAAUCAGCGCUGCCUAAGAAUGUGGAUAAAUCAGCCGUUGUGGGAUCCAUAAUCACCAGCCUGGGCAUUUUGCGAUACCGAGAUUUGGAUAUCUUGGAAUCACUGACGCAGUGGCUUGUAAAGAAUAGUGAAAUCUGUCGUCCCCAAGAUCUCAGUGCCUAUUUCCUUACCUCGGCCCUGCUAAACUUUAAAAGCGCUCAACUGGAGGAAGUGAGCAAAAAGCUGGUAAAAUCCAUUGUCCGUGAGGAUUUUACCAAGCAAUCCGAGUGGUUGAGCUUUGUGUGGUCUUUAACAAUGCUGGGUCUUGUAGAACACAGCCACUUGGCUUCCGUUUUAAGUGCGGACUUCCUAGAAACAUUGAAAAAGGAUAAAGCUGGAGUCACAGCGACCUCCAAAAUGAGGCUACUCAAUUUGAAUAGCUAUGCCCAGUUAAUAGCCACAGACUACAAGGGUCCUCUAUUGUCCACUGACAGUCCCGUCUAUCAGGUGCCCAUGGCGCAUCCUAAAGGAAAACAAGUGCUGGUAAAUGGAAUGCUAGAUGCACUGAAGAGUCUGCUGCCGGCCAGCAAUCAUUUACAAACCGCGGUGGACACUAAAAUGGGCUUCCUUAUAGAUGCGCUGUGCCAUUUUGAUGCUAACAAAAACCCUCUGCCUUUGGACAAGGAAAAUCAGAAUGCUAUUAGGGUGGCUCUGAUGGUCAUAGAUUUCCAUGACAUUUGCCACGGAACGCAUCGCUGUGCCAGCGGCGUUACGAAUCUGACAUUUGACCUGCUAGAGAAGAGUGGUUACCACGUUAUUCCCGUGUCCUAUAAUGAGUUCAGCACCAGUGACAAAUUACUGAAACGUGUUCAGUAUUUGGAGUCAAAGUUCAAGGCGAUUGCAAGUAGCAAAUAAUUGCAGUUAUAGUUUAUUUAAUUUUUCUUGUAAUGAUUGAUCAAUAUUUGAAUGGUUUAAAUUUUGUAAAUGUUAAAUUAGGCUCUGAAUUACAAGCUAAACCCAAA